AUGAUGUUCCCUGUGGAUCUACUGGAGAAUUGCAGUCAUGAGGAACUGGAAGCUUCUGCUGAGGAUUACAUGUCAGACCUAAGGUGUGGGGACCCUGAAAAUCCAGAGUGUUUUUCAUUCCUAAAUAUUACGAUUCCUAUCAGCCUGUCAAGUGUAGGCUUUGUGCCUCUUUAUGGUGGAGAUCAGACCCAGAAAGUUCUUGCUCUUUUUGCACCCGAGGACUCGCUCACAGCUGUGGCACUUUACCUUGCUGAUCAGUGGUGGGCUAUUGAUGAUAUUGUGAAAACAACCGUCUCUUCUAGAGAGGGGCUUAAACAGGUGAGCACUCUUGGGGAGAGAGUGGUUCUGUACGUUCUGAAUCGAAUUGUGUAUAGAAAACAGGAAAUGGAGAGAAAUGAGAUCCCAUUUCUGUGUCAUAGCAGUACCGAUUAUGCUAAGAUUCUGUGGAAGAAAGGAGAGGCGAUUGCUUUUUAUUCAGUUAAGCCUACAGGAAGUAUAUGUGCGUCCUUUCUUACCCAAAGUUAUCAAUUACCAGUUCUCGAUACAAUGUUUGUGAGAAAGAAACACCGAGGCAAAGAUUUCGGACUUCAUAUGCUGGAGGACUUUGUGGAUUCCUUUACAGAAGAGGCACUUGGCUUGCGGUACCCACUAUCCUCUCUCAUAUAUAUGGCUUGCCAGCAGUACUUGGAGAAGUAUCCUGGAGAUCAUGAACUCCUUUGGGAAGUUGAAGGUGUUGGACACUGGUACCAGAGAAUACCAGUUAGCCGGGCAUUGCAGAGAGAAUCACUUAAAAUGACAGCAGUUUCUCACAAUGAAGCAAAAAGACCCAUGUCAGGAGAAUAUGGUCUUGGAUCUGUACCUGAAUAUGAAGCGGGCACUGGGGACAGUCAGCCUGGAGAGGUGCAGCUAACUAUUGAUUCUCUAACAGAUGCCUUUGCAAGCACUUCUGAAGGUCAUGGUAAAACACCUGUUUCCACUCGUACUCGAAGCGGUCAUCUAAAGCGGCCAAAGAUUAGAGAGAGGUUACAGGAUUCUGAAUUUGGUACUUCUCAAGGCGAAGGUGAAAAGACGGCUCAGACUUCACCUGCAACUUCAGUAAACAAAUUAGAGGCUGCUGCAAGGACAUCCGAGAGCUCAGAAGAAUUCCUAGAAGAAACAGAGGAGAGUGUGAUUGAAUUCGAGGAUGAAGGAAGCGAUAAAGAUUCACAGCCAAUAUCAGAAACCCAGGCACGCCUGGAAAAGCAAGAUGGUGAAAAGGAAUCUGACUUAGAACCUAUGAAUGGUGAGAUAAUGGAUGAUACUCUUAAGACCUCGAUUAUAGCUGAAGAGGAGGACUCUGCUGUGGAUGCUUUAGAUGAAGAAUUAAAAUUGCAGUCUUUUAACUCCUGUGAAGACCCUAGGAAUCUUGGUCCAUUGGUGGUGGAAUCUUCCAAACCCCUCGAAGCUGUUGCACAGGACAAAACUCCACAUAUAAUUGACUCAGAACCAUUGACAGAAGAAAGCCCAUCUGAUGAAAAAGUGCACACCGAUGAGAAACUGUCACUAGUUUCAAGAAAGAAAACACAUUUUGGGAGUUCUGACGAUGCUGCUACUAUCCCAAAUGAAGAACGAUCUGACAGCGGUUUUCCAAACUCUGUGAUAACUGAAUUUUCUGAAGAAUCGGUCUCUGAAAAUGUAUCACCCAACACUACUUCCUCAUUGGAAGAACAGGCUGAGGAGGGGGUCUCUGAGCCCCAGGAAACAUCUCCUGCUCUUCCUCAGAGUUCUUUGAUAGAGGUUGAACUGGAAGAUGUGCCCUUCUCACAGAAUGCAGGACAGAAGAACCAGUCAGAGGAGCAGUCAGAAGCAUCGUCUGAGCACCUGGAUCAGUUUCCACCGUCAGCAGAAAAAGCUGUGGAUAGCAGUUCAGAGGAAAUCGAAGUGGAAGUGCCUGUUGUAGACAGGCGGAAUUUAAGAAGAAAGGCCAAAGGGCAUAAAGGACCUGCUAAAAAGAAAGCCAAGCUAACAUGA